CGCCACGCCGAGCAGUUCAAGCUCAGCAUUAGCCACACUAUUCAGCCCCUCCUCCCAAAACGGCGAGAGAAAAACCCAGGGCAUCACAGCGGUACUCUGUUCAACAUUCCAGUCGCGCUCCGUCCCCUCGUUGUAUUACCCUGCGCAUUCUAUUAUCUUUUCCUCUACCUGCCACCGACUUAGGCGCAACCUUUUUACCUGACAACCCUUAGCAGCUACCCCAAGGCCCUUCUAGAUUGUUGGUGUUUCACAAGCCUUUUCGCCUCUACCCAAUGAGUGGCCCACAGGAUUUCCCUUGCUCAAUAGAGCUUAGAAUACCGUUCCCUGCAAAGCGACUCGCAGUGGCUGCGCAAGGCGCGAUUAGCGUCGACCCAGAGCUAUCAGGUCUCGUUCACAGGUCCUUCGACCUUAUACCGGCCUUGCUUGAAACAGACUCUCUAGAUGGCGCGCAUAUUCUUAAGGUCGACUACCAGGCUACAACAAAUCGAAUGCUUCGUGUGGCAGUGAAUUCCUUUAUGGAGAGUCUGCGACUUGUCGUCGAGGUUAUGGAGACCUUGGACUCGGAUGUUCUGGCACACACUAACCCUACUAAAACGGUCCCAUGAUUUUUAUGACAAAAAACUUAAAUAGAUAAAGCGUUGGAUCUUUAAGCUUAAAUUAUGUGAACGUUUAUCUUGUUCGUUCUUGAUCAUGAACACAACUUAUUGCCAGCAACCCUCCUAACUGUGAGCGUUCAGUUGCAUCUGGGUAUUAUUCCAAUCCACCUAUCUCCGUUAAGCUGCCAAUAUGCAUAAUGCAGCGUCUAUUACUCUGCCUACCAGAAAAUCCAGAAAGAAAAAACAUACAACAUUGUUCAGUACAUGUUGAGAAGAAAGAAACACCAAUUCAUACAACGCCGUAGACACAAACCUAGCUCAAAUCCCAAAAAACAGCCCGACCUGAAUUACGCCAACAGGGAAACAGUCUCUCCAUGCCCUCCAUUACUUGCGUUCACGAAGUGGAUGCCCCAGCCAGGCCUUCAAGCUUCUCCUUGAGCUCUUGCAGCUCUUUCUUCAAUGAGCUGUUUUCUUCUUGUAGAUUCUUCAUAUGCACGAUUGCGUUCUCGACGACACUCGCCUUGCUGCUCUGCGCAUUGGCUUGUUUGGCAUCCUUCUUGUCGUCACCUCCGUCGUCGCCAGAUCCGACAGACUGUUUGUCAGGAAGGAGGCCAGCCAUAAUUUGAAGCGCCGAGUUGAUACGAUUUCUACGACCUUGCUCUGCAAUCUUGUGAGAGGUCCGUUUCGAGGUCAAGUUGGUGGACAGCUCGCUGGGAUAGGAAACGCCAGGAACGUUGUUUCCUUCGAGAAUAUUUUGAUAGUUGGAUUUUGACAUGAGUAGACGCGAGGUAUCUUCGGCAGACAUCCCGGGUGUUCCAGGUAUGAGAGGCUUGAUAUUUGGCGAAAUUCUGGGCAACAAAGCCGGAGAAACCUGGACCGAGCUGGAUCGUUUCCUGUUGUUGCGGGCUAGAAGUUGGGGGGUUCGGCGAGCCUGGGGUCCAGUAGAUCGCGGCCCCAGUGAAGGACUUUGAUUAGCAGAGUGUGUACCAGGUGUGCGGAGGCCAGGAGAAGCCAGUUGAGCGUGCAUCGAGCCCAUCGAAGCGGAAUGUUCGAUGCUGGGCGAUUGAGGAAGAAUACGAGUGUUGAGGGGCGCAAGAGGUUUGUUGGAGACCGAUUCAGGCAACUCAAGAGAUUCUAUAUGUUCAGUGGCGGUGUCAGUCUCCAUCUGGUUUGCAAUGGGCUGUUUGCCCUUUGAAGCUGGUAGCUUCAUGAGCGACGCAGGUGUGGCCGGGUGAGGUUGUCUGUCAUCACCGAGCAUCAUUGGCGGCGCAGAACCUGAUCCACUCUGUGCCGCAAUGUAAGGCGAUUUGCUGUUGGAUCUACGAGCCGGGACUGGGGGCGGUGGCAUAUCACUGAGGUUUUCGGGCGACACAGAUGCGUCUUCAGACCCCUCAGUGGAGUUGGCAGGAAGUGGCAGGGAAGCGCCGAUGUCCAUCUUCAUGUUGCGCUCAUCUGCCUCGCUUAAUAUUUGUGACACAAUAGCAGGACUGGGGCCUGUCUUUUUGCGCAUAGGCUUGGCGAUGGGUGAAUUUUUGACAUUGGUUUUCGAUCUGGCCUUGGCAGCGUUGUUCUUGCGCGCUUUCUUCGCCAAAUCUUGCGUAUUUUGAAGAGAACCUCCGAGGACUGGACCCUCCAGUUCCAUAUCAACCGGCGAGUUAUGCGAGUUCGUUCCGGCAUCAUAACCAGCCAUACCGUCAUGCUGAGGGACCAGGGCUGGAGACGUGAGUGGACUAAAGUACGACCCCGGAACAGUGAACGCAUUGUCCAUGUUGAAAUGGGGAUCCAACGGUGUUACAGCAGGAGAAACGAGCGGCGUGAAAGCCAUCUAAUAGGACUAGUCAGUAAUCAAGAACGUCAUUUCGGUAGUCUUUGAAACAAAACAUAACUCACAUCGUUUUGCUCACCGUUACGAUGAUAGCCUCUGUCGUACCCAUUACGAUUGCGCUGCUCGACAGGUGAGUAAAACUGCGCAUUACCGGCUGCCAUCUCGAGGCUCUGUGGAGUGGGAGGGACAGAGUUCGAGUUACUGAAGAAGGCGGCCUGUUGCUGCUCAUGGAUCUGUCGCUGCUGCUGUUGGAAUUUCUGCUGCUGCAGAUACUGGAUCUGCGCGUCAAUGUUGGAGAUGGCUUCACCUGGUGCCGCAGGAUUCAUAAUAUGCGUAGCCGUCAUGCCCUGGUGUGUCUGUGCCGUCGUCAUUGCAACCGCGACUGGGUUCUGUUGAACCAUGCUGUCGGUGCGGGCGAUCAUGUUGGAUACUUGUGAGUUUCCCAUGAUGGCGUCGCUGGCCUGAUUGCUGCUCUGGAAGUUUUGGAAGUCGAACUGCAUGUUGUCGGGCAUGUUGUUCAUGCCGCUCAUGUCGAGGAACUGGUUGAACUCAUCAUCAUGGGUGGAGGCCAUGUGCUGGUCCUGGCCAUCCCAGGUAGUAGAGGCCAUUGUAGGGCAGGUGCUGCGCGAUGGGGAGAUGCCUACAGGCUCCGCAAGGGUCGCUUAGAAGAAUAGACGUCGCUGCGAUGAUUAAGCAGACAGUACAGUAGGGCGUGAUGGAGGCCGAGCUCAGGUUAUGAAAUUUCCCUGACGAUGCGAAAAGCCGGUCGCGACAAGGUGAGAGACAAAAGCAGAGGAUGGUCGCUGCUGGGAAUUCACUGAGGUGCUAGCGUUGUUUGAAACAAGGAUGCGCUGCUCAAAAGAAUCCUCGCAGUGCGUAUGGCGCAGUGUGUGCUUUCGUCGGCUUCUUUUUCGACUCGAAUCGGCGAGGACAAAAAAACCUUCUUUGAUAGCGUGCAAACUAACCACCGGGUCCGAGUCUAUUGAUGUAGCUAGAAGGGCGCUGCGAUGCAAAUUGUUGGCAGAGGCGGCGCUGAGCCCGGUUGCGUCCGGUGCGACUUGGUCUCGGUUCACGGGAUUCCCAGAGGGGUGGUCGUGGGGGGUCGAUUCGGUGAGUGGUUGAGGCAGU